UUUAUUCUUCUGAUCUUAUUUGAUUGCUACAGAUUGCAAAAUGAAUGACGACCCGCUAGAAGAUAUACCAGUGCGAGAUGUGAAUGGGAUAGGUCAGAUGGACCCGAAGCAGAAGCGAAUCGUUGAAAAAUGGUCACGUGAAGAUAUCGAGGACAAUUAUUUGCAAAUAUACUCUGAAAAUAUUCUUCUGAAACAGCAUGGAAGAAAACAAGAGGAAAAGAUUAAAAAGUUGACUACUAAAAUGCAAAAAUUGUUCAACGACAAUAAAAAACUGCUCAAAUCUGGCGGAGCUGCUGUUGGAAUGACCAAGCGCGACGUGGAGCUGACAGAGAAAAUAGAAGAUCAGAAUAUGAAGAUUUUGGAACUGCAAAAGGAAAACAAUAUGCUGAAAGAUAAAUUAGCUGUCGCAAAACAACAGCUGGCGGCCCAAAAUAAACGUCCGGCGAACAGCACCUACAAUUAUAUCGGACAUCGAAUCGAUACCGGGAGAGGCGUUAGAGGUGACACGGCGCGAACUCCCAGGAAUAACUGCGCGAAAAUGGAAGCCUUACCGAGGUAUGGUCACAGUUUACUGGAGGAGGCCCGCGAUGAAAAUGCGAAGCUGAACGAAGCUCUAGUUGAGAUGGAAGAGCGGCUACAGGAAGCAGAAAGGGAAUCAGACCAUCUGAAAGAUCAAUUGAGACAGCAGCAUAUGGAUCGAAAUGAGGGUAUUGUGAAGUACAAGGAGACGGUUAACAAUGAUUUCAAGUCAGGAAUCCAAGAGAAUGUCGAAAUCAUCAAGCUGCAGCGCGAAAUCAGGGAGAAGUCAACCAAGUUCACCUCGCUGCAAUUGCAGUAUCAGACACUUGAAGAGAACUUGAGGUCGGUAAAAGGAACGAAUCAAAGUCUGCUUGCAGAGCUUGAAAAGUUGAACAAAGAUCUGCGGGAGGAAAAUGCCCGCUAUGUUGAGUUGCAAAGCAAGAUGCGGGAUGAUUUACAGCGAGAAAAGGUUGUCCUUGAGAUGCAACACAGAAUUCAACUGUUGGAACAGGAAUGCCACAUUUUGAAAUCCAAUAACGAGAGCUUAAUGAAGUCAGCUUUGGAUACGGAACGAGAUUCGGCGUCGCUGGAAAAGGAGCGAGAGCUGAGGUUAGAAAUCGCCAAACUUCAAGCUGCGAUGAAGGGAGAUCUAUCCGACAAAGGAGAAGUGUUGGACAAGUAUCACGCGGAAUCAGAAGCCCAUGAGAAAUUGAAAACUGAGAUGCGACAGCUGCAGAUCGAGUAUUACACUGUGAAGCAGCAGUAUGAAUCAGCUCAGGAGAAAAUCAAGUUCUUCACCACACAAAGUGGAACAGAUUUCAACGAAUUGGAAGAAGCGUUGGUGUUGCUAAGGUCAAGAAAAGACAAACCAAGUGAUAAGCCAGACUUCGUUGAGAGUACGGAGGAGGAGCCGAGUCAAAGCAAAGUUCUGGACCUGGAAGCGCAGUUGGCGGACACGGUCGCUGAAUUAGAGAAGGCGAGGAACAUGCUUCUGCAGCAGUACAACAUCAACAAAGUGUACAAAAAGGAAGUGGACACUUCGACGCAAAGAGUUGAAGAGUACAAGAAGGAGUUUGAAGCGAGAGCCGAGGAGUAUGCAAGACUGCUAGACAUCCGACAAGCGAGAAUCAAAAAGCUGGAGGCACAGCUUAAGGACGUAGCGUACGGAACAAAGUCUUUCAAGAUACGCGCAGAGCCAGGAAUUGAGGGAGACGAUGAUGAUGCAGAGGUUCUCGGCCAAGAAACACUCGAAAUCGAACGUGGAAAAAAUAUCUUUGAAAUUCACAUUGACCGCGUUGCUCUUUCGGAAGAUGCGCAGAAGUUGCUCAGAGACAGUCAGCCUUCUAUGUUCAUGACUUACGGAUUCCACGAGUUCGAGAUUCAGACAACUCCUGUGGCCAAAGGACCAGUAGCGGUGUUCAAGUUCACGUCUCAGUUCAAAGUCGAUAUGGACGAUAUGUUCUUGGCCUACUUGAUGAAAAACUCAAGCGCCUUUGAGUUACACCAGGCAAUCGGAACAGACUUUAGGACUCUAGCAUCGACUAAACUGUGCUUCCGAGAUAUAUUUGACAACCCGCAAGGAAGAAUGUACGCCUCCGCACCCCUUGUAGGCAAUUCGCGUGACGGCGUCGAGGUGUUUGGAACGCUCGAAUACAGUAUUCGCUUUGUUGUUCCCGUCGAACAAGCGUUGAGAUUGUACUCCGAACGAGUGAAGGCCAUGGGCUAUUCUAAAAUUAACGCCCAGGUAGACAACGAAGCUCUUAAAGUGCUAGAGCGUGAGCGCGAGGUGGAGCCGGGAUCGAACUACUUGUAUGUCAAGAUUGAAAAAUGUUCUGAUUUGAACUCUCGCUUGCCGGAUCGUCAGCCGUCGCCGUACGUUGUGUACAAGUUCUUCGACUUUGACGACUACGACACGCCCGUCGUGGAGAACAGUUGUCAUCCACAGUUCUCGGACAACAAGUCGUUCAAGGUCAAUAUGUCAGAUAGUCUGGACAAUUACCUGAAGGCUAGUGAGCUGGAGCUGUACGUGUUUGACGAUUCUCAGCAAAGCAGUGAUCUGUCGUUUCUUGGCAUUGCGAAGGUGCCGUUGACUGAACUAGCUCACAACAGAGCAAUUCAUGGACCCUACGAGAUCAGAUUACCAGAUGGAAAGACAAAUGGGUCAAUAUCUGUGAAUCUCAAGUGGUUCUCAGAUUACAAGAGCGAAUCUGUUGUAAGAGGCGAAGCAAUGCGCUUGAUUGCUGAAAGGGAGAAUGAGGAAAAGGAACUGAAAGAGCUGAAUGAUCAGAAGAACAAAAGAGUUCUCUCAACGAAUGAGUUCCAAGAGAUAGAAAAAGAACCGAAGCGAGUUAUCAACAGAAUUGAAGAGGAACCAAUCAGAGCACCCAAGUCGAGCAUUGAUACCAAGAGUGAGCUGAUAGUAAAACAUGAGCCCCAAAAACCGAAAAUAGUCCAAGCUGAAGAGGAGCCUCAACCGUCAACAUCUACGCGAGGUUCCCCGAAAAAGGUGGGUUUCUCGAUUGAUUCAGAGCCAGACGUGCCAGUGAAUAAAGAAGUGGAAGAUAUACCUGUACACGAGAUAAAGGUAGAUAAUUCAGAGAAAAUCACGGCUCAACAAGAGGCACCAACAGCAAAACCAAGAAGAGCAACUCUGAAACCGAAAGAAAAAGAGCCGGGAGAGACACAAGAGCCAGGUCAGCGUGAGGACCAAUCAAAACCCGAGGAUGACUCGAUUACAGAAGAAAAUCGAAAGGAUUUCGAGCCAGCUCAACCAGAUGAAAUUUUGGAAUCAGGCGGAGAAAGCACAGACUCAGAGAUGUUUGUAAACACGAAGACUAUGAAAUCGUUCUUAGCGAGCUCGGUUGAAGACCCGAAUCUGAUAUCAAUUGUGGUGCACAGCGUUGCUUUGGAAUCAAAUUGCAAGGCGUUGAAAGACCCUAAUCUUGUAUCACUUUUUGUGAGCUACAAAUUCUUGGACAUUCCACUGGAAUUCACUGAGACGCCGACAUCUUUAGAGAUCCCAUCGGUGGCUGAAAAAGACAUUGAGUUCAACUUCCAGAAGUUGUUUUUUGUGUCGGCGUUGAACAAUGGCAAGUCUAGGGAGGCUUUAAAGGAAAUGUUGCUGGCGAGGCCAAAUGACAACGCCGGCAAAAUCAAGUUCGACGUGGUGGCUGAGCCCAAGCAGGAAGACGGGUACUGUGCGGAUGUUGGUUUUGUGGAAGUGAGUGUGUUGGAUCUGCUGAAUAAAAACGAGAAUAUAAUAGAGAGGGACUUCGACUUGAGAGACGCAGACACCGAUGGACUGCAAGUGGGCUCUAUCAAACUCACUGUCAAGGGACUGAGUGCACUGAAGAGUGUGUACAGUGAGCUGAAGGAGAAAAAAGACAGAGCCAAAUUACUCGACAAUUAACUGUCUUAAUCCAAUUAUUAGCACCACCCACUACUCAUCCAAACGUCAAACUAGCAGAGCCCGGGUGAAAACCACUGGGCAAUUUCCGAAAUGUAGUCGAUCAAUUGAUAAUUAGAAGUGUAUUGUCUUGGGUUGAGUUUCAGGGGGGCGGAUCUAGGGUUUUCUCGAAGGGGGAUUUUCUAAAAAUUUUCCAAAAUUUUGUCGACCUUUUCCUGGUCAACCAAUUUGAUUUUCAGAGCUCCUAAAUUUUGAUUCCUAAAUCAGUACACUGACUCUAUUUUAACCGUUCUUUUUAAAAAAACAGGCAAAAAAACGCGUUUUUAGGCGCCUUUAGAAAAAUUUUAGGAUCUUUUAGAGAAAUUAUAGGCGCCUUCAUAGAAAGUUUUUAGGGACAUUUAGCCAAAAUUGGAUGUCUUAAAAUAGUACUAAAGGGGGACCCUUUUGGUCGGCAUCCGCCCCCCACCCCUAAAUCCGCCCCUGUCGAGUGUAUUUUGCUCUGCUCUUUGAUGUUGUUCUAGUAAUUUACCAUCUGAGCAAACUGGAAAUCUGAGUUAAGACAUUUAAGGCCUAGCACAGGUAAACAAACACGUAUUUGACGCAAAUUUCAAUUUCAAUCCUAAAACCAGUGAUAUCCUUUGUAGAUACCAUUUGAAGGUUGAAGUUGAAGUAUUUUGGUACGAUGAUGUUCUUUGCUGAGAUUUAAAUAGUUCAUUUUUUGCGUUAAAUUUGUCGAUUCAUGUUUGUAAAAGAAUUUUGCAGCGUUUUGAAAAAUUGUAAAUAAUUGGCUAAAUUGAAAUGUACAAAUCAGAAUUGAUGUAAAUAAUUUUAACAGUAUAUUAGAUUGAUCAAAAAUACAACAUUUAAAUAUGUAAAUGUCUAUGUAAAAUAAAUUCAAUUUCUGCUAUA